AUGACGAUUUACAAAGAUAAAUACUCCAGGAAAUUCCGUGCAAGAUAUUCUGGAAGAUCAUGUCUCCAGCAUCCAACCAAGACACUUUCUUCCCCAACUCAAUCGAAAAGUCCACACCUGAAAACACCCAUCACGAUGCACAUCCAGAAUCUCAUCUCCUCCUCCUUUCUUCUGCUCCUUUCCUUCCCUAUCUCCACGACCGCAACAACACCACGCCCCCCCUAUCCCAACCGCACCCUAGCCGGCAUAACCAUGAUCGACACCCCCAUCGUCCGCGACGCCCAAGCCUACGCCCGACGCUACUGCUCCGACUCAACCUACAACCACAUCAUGCGCUCCUGGCUCCUCGGUCUCCUCCACCUCUCCCACGACCCCGCCCUCGCCUCCAAAAUCGACCUCGAAGUCCACGCCCUCGGCCUGAUCCUCCACGACCUGGCAACCAACCACUCCCUCUCCGCCCCCUUCGUCACCCCCAACCGGCGCUUCGAAGUUGAUUCUGCCAUUGCAGCAGCAGAUUUCAUCCGUUCACACCCCGACGGGAAAAAAUGGCCGGGGUGGCGGGUUCAGAGGGUGUGGGAUGGGAUUGCGUUGCAUGCCGAGCCCGGGUUGGCGUUGUAUAAAGAGGCGGAUGUUUUUGCGAUAUAUUGGGGUAAUGAACUGGAAUUCUCGUGGGAGAGGCCCGGGGGAGAGAGGAAGGGGGUGACGGCUGAGGAGAGGGAGAGGGUGUUGCAGGAGUUUCCCAGGCCGACGUUGGAGGAGGGCGGGAGGGGGAAUGUGUUUGCUUUUGUGGCUUGGUAUUGUAAAUACAAGCCGGAGAGCACUUAUAGUGAGUUUGCCUUCCCUUCUUGUUGUUUUUCGGUAAGUGGGUGGGACAACGUGCUAACUUCUAUGGCGGUAGAUACUUGGAUGCAGCCGUUUGGGGAGCUGCUGGUGCCGGGUUAUUCGGCGGUGGGACAUCGGGUUAUUGAUGGGAGUUUGGCUGCUGUUGGGUUGAAUAUGAGUGGGAUUCUCAAGUGA